CGCGUUCGGGCACAGGAGGGUCUCGCGGACGCUCGAAGGCGAGGUUGUAUUGGUUCUGUGGCGGUGGUGUAACAGAAUUUCCAUCGCAUUCAUCUCUUUAAAAACGAAUUCAAUAAACAUUAAAAUACUUUCACUCGGUAAUUUUUAGUAAGCGAGGGAGUUGGACAUGAAUUCCAGCACGAAUGUGGUCCAGGUGACGAACGUGUCUCCCAGCACGACGUCGGAGCAGAUGAGGACGCUGUUCGGGUUCUUGGGCCGAGUCGAGGAGCUCCGGCUCUUUCCCCCGGAUGAUUCUCCCUUGCCUGUGACUUCACGUGUGUGUUUUGUAAAGUUCCAAGAAGCUGAAUCAGUGGGCGUAGCUCAGCAUUUGACAAACACAGUCUUCGUGGACAGAGCAUUGAUAGUCGUCCCUUUUGCUGAAGUGGAGAAGGCAAUUGCAGAGCCCCCUCCUUGAUGACUGAAAAUGGUCCUCUACUGCCAACAGGGGAUUGUAGACAUUUACAAAAGGCCAGCAAGCGUUCAAGCCCCCCCCCAUAUUACCUGUGUAAACUUAACUCUCUUCUCUCUUCUGUCCUCCCUCUUUCUGUCUCUCUGUAGGGAUUUUUUUUAAUGGAAAUGGAAUGUAGCAAGUAAUAGUUUACUAUUGCAGUGCCAUAAAAAUCCUUUCAAAACACUCUUUUCGGUGUGAAGGUAUCUGUAUUGUAGGCAUUUUUGACAUGUGUCCACUAUUUCUUGCAUAAGUACAGCUUUUCAAGUCUGGUUCAUGAUUUUAGAUUUAAGAUUUUUGAAUUUUAAGGUCAUGUACAUUUAUAACUACUCUGGGAAACGGAGACAGCGUUCAUUUUAAUGUUUUGUUUAUUAAAUUAAUCUGGCUAUUUCCUGCACGUGCACUGCAAGUGAAAGCUGCAAAAUGACAUAAAUUGACGUCUUUGGCCAGAAUGAAUUCAUGUGCAGUUUCUCUCACCUUCAAGAACGUCAUCAAACCAUAACACAAGAAUGUAUUUAAAAUGACAAAGGAGUAAGGUGCGAAAUACUGCAGUAUUAUUUGGUUUAUAUCUUGUCCAUUCCAUUUGAGACCUAAGAAGAGUCCUGUACUCCUUUUAACAGUGAUUUUUCUUCUUUUUGUUGUUGUUUUACAGUUCUUUUUCCUGGUUCAACCAGUCGUAUUUACCAGGCCCUGCUGAAAAAAAAUCCGCCCAACAGUUUUGUCUUCUGCAGCUAAUCCUGUUUCAUGUGUGAUUGUUUCAUUUCUGUUAAAAUAAGACUGUAUGAAAAUGGUUUUUUUUUUUUUUUUGCAUAUCCAUUGAUCAUCUCAUGAGAUUUCCCUUUUUAUUUUAGCGAUGGGCACUAGAAACAGGUUACGAUAUUUACAAGGGCUUUUGUUGGGUAUAAAUUUAAAAAAAAAAAAAAAGACCUAAAUAAAUAUAUCAAUCAAAUUUUGGUAAGUGAAUGUUUGCUUUUGUUUAAGAAAGGAAGUAUUUUAGUGUAAUGAACAACUGUUUUUCACUGCGCUGAUUUCUGCAUGUUUAAGUGGAAACACUUUCAGCUAAAAGUUUUCCCAUUCGCUGUGCCAGGUAAGGAAGAAAGAUUAGUCAGCCAUUCCGUUGGAUUUCAGAAGUAAUGUGUUCACCAGCAAAAGCCCAGAAGAAAGGGAUUCUGUUAAUUUAUUGUUUUCUUGGUAAACAUUAAACAUUGUUAUAAACUGUACCAUGUUGUUGACCCCAAAAUCAUGAACUCUUUUUGUUUUGUGUAUCUCAAUUUUUCUGUGUGCUUUGUAGUGAAGCAGCCGACACCAGUCGCUUGUUCAUAAAACAACUUAUGAAACUUGAGAGCACACCCCACUGGAGAGCCGGCUGUGUUUGCUAACGUUUGGUUCAUGACUUAAAAAACAAGUACAGGAGUUAUUCCUGAUGAGUCUAAGGCUAUGUCACUGCUGGCACCAGCAAAUGCUGUAGCAGGGCUACUGCCUGGUGGAGGUCUUCUCCCAACACCAAAUCCAUUGGCAUCUAUUGGAGGUGUUCCACUGGCCACCUUGGGGGCGCCAGCACUUGACCCAACUCUAGCAGCACUAGGAUUACCAGGAUCCAACAUAAACUCCCCAUCUCUGGCUGCUGAUCAGCUUCUGAAGUUUAUGACCUCUGUGGAUCCAAAGUUGAACCAUGUAGCUUCAGGAAUGAAUAUAAAUCCUGGUCUGAAGGCAGACUCAUCCAGUAAGGAAAUUGAGGAGGCAAUGAAACGUGUCCGAGAAGCCCAGUCUUUGAUCUCUGCUGCAAUUGAGCCUGGCAAUAAGAAAGACAGCAAAAGAAAGCAUUCGCGAUCCAGAUCUAGAUCCAGACGAAGAAGUUCCCGAUCUCAUUCAAGUCACAGGCAUUCCAAGAGCAGGUCUAGGCGACGGUCCCACUCAAGGAGCAGGAGGCGCUCUAAGAGCCCCCACAGGAGGAGAACUCACUCCAAGGAGAGGAACAGGCGAUCGAGGAGCAGAUCCAGGGAUAGAAAGAAAGAAGAGAAGAAGCGGUCAAAGACACCACCAAAGAGCUACAGCACCACCAGAAGGUCCCGAAGCAUUAGUCGACGAGUGUUUCAUCUGUCAUCUGGAACAGCAGACGAAAGAGAAGCCGCAGCGCAUCCAGAUCUUCCAAGAAAUCCAAGUCUCCAAAACGAAAGCUGUCCAGAUCUCCCUCUCCUAGAAGACACAAGAAGGAGAAGAAGAAGGACAGAGAGAGGGAGCGUGACAAGGACCGUGAGCGGAAAGAGGAGAAGGAACGGAGCAGAGAUGAGAGAGAGCGCUCCACCAGCAAGAAGAGGAGAAAGAGUAAGGACAAGGAGCGGGACAGGGAGAAGAGUGACACUGAGAAAGGGGACGUCAAGUGCUCUAAAACAAGGCCUGAUGCAAGGAGGGGUGCAAAGUAAGGGAGAGGUGCCGCAGGUGACUAGAGACUACGAUGAAGAGGAGCAAGGUUACGACAGUGAAAAGGGGGAGAAGAGGGAUUCUCCUCCAUCAUUGGAUGCUACCGAGUUGUCUGUGCCAGUGAAAGAGCCCAAAAUAAACGGUGAUGAUCAUCACGAGGAGGACAUGGACAUGAGUGACUGAAGCUGUGGUCAUCCGUAUGUGUAGGGUAUUACACAAGGUAUACCUUCCCAAUUUGAGUUUUUGGUUCCUCUUUACCUAAAGGAUGUUCUCCUUUAAUGCUCACAGAAGUCUGGCUCUGGUCAUUUAUUUUUCUAGAACCAUUUACAUCUGUCCAGACAUAAUAUGAAGUUGUAAAUGUAGCAGUUUUGUAUGAGGAAAGGCCUGUGUGCCUGCUGAGUUGAUGGGUUUUAUUUUUCUCUUGUCAUAUUUGUAAAAUACAAAUAAACUGUACAAGACAAAACAUUACAGAAGCAGUUAAGGGUUUCUCAUUGGUAACGGUUUUACUUUGAGCCUGAGUUCAGUUCAUAAUCCCCUAGAAGUGUAUGCUGUUGCAGUUCUGGUGAACUAUUCUGAGCUUGCUUGUUUCAGAAAGUUUAAAAUAACUAAAAUGGGAAUAAAAGGCACUUUUUGGUGUAAUUCAAAGUUUAGUUUUUUGUGCUUUCAUGUAAUUAAUGAAACAGCUAAUAUGUAACUCUUGUGGUGCUUUAACCAAUCAAGUUAGAUUAAGUCCAUGUUUGUGGGUUAGCUACUGCUAUUUCUUAGUUUGCAGUGAAAAUAUUUACUAAUAAACCUUUAAAAAGUGGCAUGUAGUCAUGUUUGUGUCUAAUUUCAGAACCAACAACUGUG